UUGAAGACAAAUCGAUAACUAAUUGAUGGAGUUUAAUAUAUGAUGCACGUAAGUAGGUACUUACGGAUGUCAAACAUACUUAUAAACCUACAACUGCAGGCGUUAGGGCGUCAUUCCGUCAAGUCGAUUACACACAGUCAAAAUUGUGUGUUUUUCAAUAGGUACUCUGAAAACAAUAUUCUAUUAUUGUUCGCUAUUAUUAAACACGAAACAUUAUAAUAACACGACGGAUAAUUACGCGAAGAAUUUUACACGGACUACAUUGACGUCAAGGACAACAAAAAUGACUUUUCUGCAGAAAUCCGUCAUGUGCGCUUUGCUGGCGGCGUUGGCGUUCGCAAGCUGUACACAUGCUCGUCCCGAAGUUUCUGAUGCAACGGCGUCCGAGUCGGUAUCAACACUGUCGUCGGUUAACGUGCGGCAGAUCCAAGCGACGCUCAGGGAAGCCCUUCCGCUGUACAGGAUGGCCGCGAAGUCGGCGCACAAGGAACACGGCCACGGCGGGAAACUAUCGGUCGUCCACCUGAUACUGAUCAUUGGAAAAGUGCUAGCGCCGCUCGUGGGCGCCAUCAUCGAACCGCUGCUCGUCAACGUGGCCAAGGGCAUCACAUGGGCGAUCACGUACUCGUUGGCCACGGGUUUCGACAAGCCGCCCAGUUACGAGCACUUUGUACCAGCACUAGAACACCACGGCGGUGGAGGCGGCGACGAUGACGACGACGACGACGGCGGUGUGGAAUACGAAUCGCACAAGCCGGUCAGUUAUUCGCUGAAGGAGCUCCCAGGACUGGCGCUGCAGCUGACCAGCACCGUGCUGGCAGAUUCCGGUGCGGGCCAACCGGCACAGCAAGCCGAGGCCAUGGAAAAGGCCGAGAGGAAGCUCGUGGGCCUGCUGCUGCAAGGAAAUAAAACUGCACCGGUGGCGUUGGCGACCAGCUCAUGAUAGAUCACUCGUCGCAUCAUCAUUAUUAUUAUUAUUAUAAUUUAUUUAUUUAUUAUGUAAACCGUGACACGAAAACGUGCUAAAGGUCCGUCGUCCGAUCGGAAACGUCCCUCUACUGAACACAAUAUGUACCUACCUGCGGCGUUACCACUUACUGAGCUGCGUACCAUACACGAGCUGUACAUAUUAUAUUUAUUUAUGUACACGUUUUGAUCGGCGAAAUAAAAUAUUUACAUGUCUAAAUAAACAUCGAAAACUCGUUCGUGUACACGGCAAAUAUAUUACCGUUUUGUUUUUUUCGCUAACGCGAUACGAACGGUUAUAGGUACCUACAACUACAAUAUUGCAAUAAUUAUAUAAUAUACAACGCUGUAGGUACCAUAGCCUUGAAUAACUUUCAUUGAGUCCGUCAGAAGUAUCAAUAAGACGUGUGACCUGACACCUGUCUCGUCGUCACACAUAUUAUUAUAUGUUAUAUAUUGGUAGACAAAGCAGUAGUCGCAGGCGAAAUGUUUUAAAAAAGAAAAUUGUCGUAUA